GGCUGGGGUCAAUGUGGCGCUCGCGUGGGGACGGCUAUCGCUGGGACACCGCGGAGACGCCGGGCGGGGACGGGUUUUGGUGUGUCACCGGUGCAUGCUGAAGGAGCCGGGUGGCCAUGGGGAUGUGGUCGCCGCUGGACGCCAUGUGGGAGAUGCCGGUGGAGAAGCGGAUCUUUGGGGUCGUGUUGCUCUUCUCCUGGACGGUGUAUCUGUGGGAGACCUUCCUGGCGCAGCGGCAGAGAAGAGUCUAUAAAACGACAACUCAUGUACCACUGGAGUUAGGACAGAUCAUGGACUCAGAAACAUUUGAGAAAUCUCGACUCUACCAGCUGGAUAAAAGUACUUUCAGCUUCUGGUCAGGACUCUACUCGGAGAUUGAAGGCACUCUGAUUCUUCUCUUUGGUGGAAUCCCUUAUCUCUGGAGCCUGUCUGCACGAUUCUGUGGAUAUGCUGGCUUUGGGCCCGAGUAUGAGAUCUUCCAGUCCUUGGUGUUUUUGCUGUUGGCCACACUGUUCAGUGCCCUGACUGGUUUACCCUGGAGUCUGUAUAAUACUUUUGUGAUAGAAGAAAAGCACGGUUUCAAUCAACAGACCUUGGGAUUCUUCAUGAAAGACGCCGUCAAGAAGUUCACUGUAACUCAGGCCAUUUUGCUGCCCGUGUCCUCGCUUCUCCUUUACAUUAUUAAAAUUGGGGGUGACUAUUUUUUUAUUUAUGCCUGGCUGUUCACAUUAGUUGUUUCUCUGGUGCUUGUCACAAUCUAUGCCGAUUAUAUUGCGCCCUUAUUUGACAAAUUCACCCCUCUGCCUGAGGGAAAGCUGAAACAGGAAAUUGAAGUCAUGGCAAAGAGUAUUGACUUUCCUUUGACCAAGGUAUAUGUUGUUGAAGGCUAUUCCAGAAUGUCGGAGUUAAAACUGGAAGCACAGGAUAGGAUCAUUCAUGACAAUAAGAAACACGGAUGUAAAAAUGAGGAGGUGCUUGCUGUACUAGGUCAUGAACUGGGACACUGGAAAUUGGGACAUACCGUCAAAAAUAUCAUUAUUAGCCAGAUGAACUCCUUCCUGUGCUUUUUCUUGUUUGCUGUGCUAAUUGGUCGAAAGGAGCUUUUCCAUGCAUUCGGUUUUUAUGAAAGCCAACCCACUCUCAUUGGACUGCUGAUCAUCUUCCAGUUCAUUUUUUCCCCUUACAACGAGGUUCUGUCUUUCUGCCUAACAGUCCUGAGCCGCAGAUUCGAGUUUCAGGCAGAUGCAUUUGCCAAGAAGCUUGGGAAGGCCAAAGACUUAGAUUCUGCUCUGAUCAAACUAAACAGAGAUAACUUGGGAUUCCCAGUGUCUGACUGGCUGUAUUCAAUGUGGCAUUACUCUCAUCCUCCGCUACUAGAGAGACUGCAAGCUUUGAAAACCACAAAACAAGACUGAAAUGCCCAGGGCCUGCGGCCGAAGCCGUUUCGACGAGUUCUGUUCUGGCAGUGUGUUCCUAGCUCUUGAUGUUUGUAACUUUUUCUUUUUUCCCCUCCAGCAAAACGACUUAAGUACAGAAAAGCCCAGCUUUAAAUGCAUUUAAGACCUCAUUUUAAAAAUUACUUUAAUGUUACACUUCCUAAAGGAAACACUGGGUGAAACUUUGAGACCAUGUUUUAACGGUAUAGUUUUCUUUUAUCUUUGACCUCUGCUCAUUGUCAACUUUUUAAUUAUUUGAGAAUAUUCAGACCUUGUUAAAUUAUACACUUGUAUGGAAUCUGCAUAGAAGGUAUUGAGGGAGCUGGGCAUGUGUUUAAGAGGGUCCCUCUGAAGGCAGAAAUGAGGGCCCAAUCAUUGUGCUCAUCCCAGAGUUGAAAUUUAUUUUUAUUUUCAUACUGUGAUGAUUUAACUUGGCCAAUCAGUGUUUUAAAUAAGGAACAAAGAUAAUAGUGGGUAAAGUCAAUGUUAUUUAAAUGAAAGUUGUUAGGAAUAGACUUAUACUAUUUUAUCUAAUUCUGUGUUCUCUCGCAGGACACUUCGACCAAGAGUGUCUAAUAGUGCUUUGAAAUGGGAGAUGUUUUUUUAAGAAAAAUCAUUUUAUUGGAGGUUCUUACAGUUCUAAUAACAAGCCACACAUCGAUUGUAUCAGCAGAUUUGUACAUAUGUUGCCAUCAGUCAGAUGUUUUAAAUCAGUGUAUCUUUCUCUUGUGAUUGUUUAAGAAAACCUCAGUCUUUCCACCCAAUGGGUAUGACCCCAUCAGGUAAGCAAGUAUGACCCCAUACUUAAGCAGCCAUUUCUCAUUUGAAUAAAUGAGAAUAACGUGUGCGUCCUUUCGCUUAGCAGAAGUCGCCAUAUUGAACAGGUGUUGCUCUCUUACAAAUGUCAGAACCUGCUAGAGAAAUGUUUUCAGGGACAUGCAGAUGAAAACUGCGGAUUCUCUGGUGGAAUUCUAGGAAAGUAGUUUUCUAUCAAAAUGUCAAGGACAGAAGAGGUUGUUUUCCUGAAUGUUUUAUCAGUAAGUCGUAAGUACCAUUUAAUUGGGCCUUAUUCCACUUUUGCAAUUGUAAUUCUUGCUAUGCAGACUAUUUUUAAUUUGAAAGCAAGUGUCGUGAGAGGUUUCUUUUGCAGUUACAGACGGCAUAUGUCCGAUUCCUUCAAGGUCCUCGCCACUCUGAGCAAGAACUCACUUUGUGCCUAGAGUCCCCACUCCUUGAUGUUUACCUCUGGGCACUGAUUCCAAAAUGGGGUCAAUGGAGUGCCCUGGGGUUUUUGCUCAGCUGACCUUUGAGUGAUGUCUUUAUAUGGAAAUAGAAUUUUUUUUAAAUGAAAAUCUAGUUUCCUGCUGCUUGGUUUACUUUCCGAAGGCACACAGGAGCGCCCGCCUUUAAUCUCCUUUCUUGUGCCCUCCCUGUGUGUAUUCAUGUUGUGACCAUUGCCUUUCCUUCUGUGCCUUUCAAGACACAUUUCAGUUCUGCACACGUACAUGAAACAGUAAAAGUUGCCAUGGAGAUUUA